GCAAAGAGUAAAUAGAAAGGAGCACUGGGCAGUGGAACAAUCCAAACAAUGUUUGUAAAAUUUCAGCAUUUUGAUGCCACCCCCAAUUGCUUCUAUUCGCUCGGUUCUACGAAAACGACACCCAGCAUCAAUAAAGGAGUUUCAGUCAGGCCUUUAGAGAAGCAGAAUGACCAUAAGCUACGUAUUGGAAAGCUCCAACAGCAGCAGAAGGUUAGUCAUAAUUCAAAAUUUGGGCAGAAUAAUGGUGGGAAAAAUGGUUUUGUGAAAAACCCAGAUGGGAAAUUUGAUAAAGAUGAGAACUUUGGGGUUAAGUUUGUGGAAAGGAGUGGCCAUGGUAGUCAACGUUCAGAACUUUCUGAUGAAAAUAAUGGUAAUUUUAGGAUGAUCCAGAAUGGUUUUGUCGGGAAUCUAGAUGGGAAUAUUGGGAAACAUGAGAGCUUGGAGGGGAAAUGUAGCCCUAAUGGUGGCCAUAGUGUUGUUUUGGAGAAAUCCCAUAAUAAAAGUUCACCAAGUAAAAAUGGAGAAAAUCAUGGUCUAAAGAUAAGGAUUAAAGGUUUUUCUGGGAAGCCAGAUGGGAAAACCAGGAAGGAGAGGAGAAUUGAGAGUGAAACGGAUGGAGUCGUGGUGGAGAAAGUGCAGACAAAGUGUUCGAUGAAAUGGCUGAGAUACGGAGGAUGUAUUCCUGCAAUAAUGCAAGCUUUGCAGGGUGUCAGUAAUUUGGAUGAGGCGUUUAAGCCGUGGGAGAAGAGUUUGAACAACAAAGAAAUCAGUAUAAUUUUGAAGGAGCAAGAGGGGUGGAAAAGGGCAUUGGAUAUUUUUGAAUGGUUUAAGAGGAAAGGUUGUUAUGAAUUGAAUGUCAUUCAUUACAACAUUAUGCUUAGGAUUCUUGGGAAAGCAAGGAGGUGGGAUGAAGUUGAGAGGCUCUGGGAUGAAAUGAGUAAGAGGAAAAUUGAGCCAAUAAAUUCCACUUAUGGUACCUUGAUAGAUGUAUAUAGUAAAGGGGGUCGCAGGAAGGAUGCCAUGAAUUGGUUGGAGUUGAUGAACAAACAAGGAAUGGAACCGGAUGAAGUGACCUUGGGAAUUGUUGUUCAAACGUACAAAAAGGCUGGGGAGUUUAAGAAGGCUGAGGAAUUUUUCAAGAUGUGGUCAACAGGCAAAUCUGCAGCGGUGGGACAAGGAAAUGGUAGGCUGGGAUCUUCUGGGGCCACUAAAUGUGACUCUCAGACUCCUGUUUCUUUGAGCUUAAUCACGUAUAACACCUUGAUUGAUACAUAUGCAAAGUCCGGGCAAGUAAAUGAAGCAUGUCAAACUUUUGAUCAAAUGCUUAGAGAAGGUAUUGUACCGACCACUGUCACAUUCAAUACAAUGAUUCACAUGUAUGGUAACAAUGGCCAGUUAGAAGAAGUUGCUUCACUGAUGAGGAAAAUGGAGGACCUUCAGUGCCCUCCUGAUACACGAACUUACAACAUUCUAAUCUCCCUUCAUGCUAAGCAUGACAAUAUAAUUGCAGCAGCAAACUACUUCAAGAAGAUGAAAGAAGCUUCUAUAGAGCCAGAUGUUGUGAGUUACCGCACCCUUGUAUAUGCCUUCUCAAUAAGGCAUAUGGUUGGUCAAGUAGCAGAACUCAUUUCAGAGAUGGAUGAAAGUGGUCUUGAGAUAGAUGAAUUUACUCAAUCAGCAUUGAGUAGAAUGUAUGUAGAAGCUGGGAUGCUGGAAAAGUCAUGGUUGUGGUUCCAGAGGUUUCAUCUUUCGGGGAAUAUGACUUCUGAGUGCUACUCUGCCAACAUUGAUGCUUUUGGAGAGCGUGGGCAUGUUGCAGAAGCUGAGCAAGUUUUCAAAUGUUGUCAAGAGCGGAAAAAGCUGAGCGUCCUCCUGUUCAAUGUGAUGAUUAAGGCUUAUGGCAUCAGUAAGAAAUAUGAUGAGGCAUGCUGCUCCUUUGAUAGUAUGGAGCUGCAUGGUGUGCUUCCUGAUAGAUGUAGCUAUAAUUCACUCAUACAAAUGUUAUCUAGCACUGACAUGCCAGAAAAGGCAAAGGAUUAUGUCAGGAAAAUGCAAGAAACAGGAUUGGUGGAUGAUUGUGUCCCUUAUUGUGCUGUGAUCUCCAGCUUUGUGAAGUUGGGAAAAUUGUCGAUGGCUGUGGGAUUGUACAAGGAGAUGAUUAGUUUUGACAUUCAGCCUGAUGUUGUUGUUUAUGGUGUAUUGAUAAAUGCUUUUGCUGAUACUGGAAGUGUUAAAGAGACUACUAUUUAUGUGAAUGAAAUGAGAAAUGCUGGUAUACCACCAAAUGCAGUAAUAUGCAACUGUCUGAUAAAGCUAUAUACGAAAGUUGGGUACUUGAGGGAAGCGCAAGAAACAUACCAGAUGCUUCAAUCAUUUGAGGUGGGUCCAGAUGUGUAUUCUUCAAAUUGUAUGAUUGAUCUUUACAGUGAGCGAUCUAUGAUUAGACGAGCUGAAGAGGUUUUUGAAGAUUUGAAGAGAAAAGGACAUGCAAAUGAAUUUUCUUAUGCUAUGAUGCUUUGUAUGUAUAGGAAAAAUGGGAGGUUUCCUGAAGCCAUUGAGAUUGCACAAAAGAUGAGAGAACUUGGACUUUUGACAGAUUUAUUAAGUUUUAACAAUGUGCUUGUUUUAUAUGCAUCUGAUGGUAGAUACAAGGAGGCAACAGAAAUUUUUAAGGAGAUGCUGAUAUCUGCCAUCCAACCUGAUAAUUCUACAUUCAAAGCACUUGGUAUCAUUCUGGUGAAAUGUGGAGUAUCACGGGAAGCUAUUCGAAAACUUGAGCAAAUCCGGAAGAAGGAUUCUAAGAGAGGCCUGCACCGAUGGAGAUCAACCCUGUUUUCUGUAAUUGGCAUGUCAGUUAAUUCAUGAUGUUCUUGAUGAUUGUGAUUCUUAUCUGGCGUGAGUUAAAGUUAAAUGUGGUGUCCAAGAGAUCCUCACCUUGGCUUUGCUUAAAGUUGAAUGACGGAGAGCGUGGGUGCAACUUCAUAGACAACGGUUCUCAAACACCAUGUAGUUUUUUAAUGAGAAAGGGAUGCCUCGUACUGUUCACCGAAAAAUGUUUAUGCAUGUGUACCAUAGAAUUGGCGUAAGAGUGAACCAAUGUAGAGCUUUUGUUUUGUAGAUACUAAUUACUGAAAACUGUACAAUGCUUUGACAUUAAUAGAUACUUUUCAAGUCUAUUUGCUA